GGCUCGACAAAUGUUCCGUUCCGAAACCUCAGUCUAAGUAACACUAUUCAACGGGCGACCCUUUAAACACGACAUGUGCGCAUAUUUUUCGACCCUCAUUUAUCGUACAGUAGUUUGUCAUCAUCAAGUACCGUAUCUUUCACCGCAGCGCCGUAAGUGAGGAUAUCAUCUAUCUUUGGUCCAACUGGAGUCAGUCAACAGAAAAUACAACCCAUCAAGAUGAUAUAUUGGAAGCCAUUGAUCUUCGUUGUGCACUCGUUGUGUUUCGUUUUGACCACAGCGACAGAACGCGCCGGUACGGAUACUAGCGAUGGCGGGACCAAUCUACGUGGUAACCCCGAGGAACACCGAGAACUGCACCCUCAUGCUCAUCCCGAUCUACGUCAAGGAGGAGAAAACUACAUCAUCGGAGGACGACCUGCCUCAGUGGGCGAAUACCCGUGGUAUGUUUCGUUUCCAGGCAAUGUUUGUGGCGGAACGCUGAUUGCCAGUAACAAAGUCUUGACUUCGGCUACCUGCGUAGAAACGCACAAUCCUACGAAAGUCCGUGUAGGUGCCAGCAACGCCAAUAAUGGUCAAGAGGUUGACGUGGAGUGUUAUGAAACGCACCAUAACUAUUUUCGAACCGAUCUUUCACUCUACAACGAUUUGGCUGUCCUCCAGCUUGCCCGUGCACUGCCAGCUGCCGUGACUCCCGUGAGUUGGAACCGGGAUACAUCGUAUCCCCCCGAAACCAAUCAGACGGUGACCGUGAUGGGUUUUGGCUUGACGGCAAACAUGGGAGCACUCUCGAACACUCUGCAAGUGGUGGAUUUGCAGAUGGUGUCGCGGUACGAUUGCCAAGUGGCCUAUACUACGGAGAACGUCACCGGCCAAAGCGUCAUUUCCUCGGGGAUGCAUUUGUGUGCUCUUGGAGACGGAAGUGGUGUUUGUACUGGCGACAGUGGAGGUCCGUUGUUGGAUGGUAUUUCCAGCGACUCGCUUCAAAUUGGAGUGACUUCGUUCACGCAUAGCGAUUGUGCGUCUGUUAUGUUUCCCGAUGUGUUUACGGACUUGGCGGACAAUACAGGUUGGAUCGAUCGACAAAUCAGCACGGAUAUUUGUGGCACCGGCACCGGCGGCAGCACGACUGCUGCAGAUCCUGCUCCUGCCCCUGCCCCCGCUCCUGGUACUUCUAGUAGUGGUGGUAGUGGUGGUGCUGAUACUUCUAGUGGUGGCAGUGAUGGUGGCAGUGAUGGUGGUGGCAGUGAUGGUGGAGAUGUUGAUACGCAGCAGACUACUCCUGCUCCAACGUUUGCUCCUGGUUCUGAAUCGUCAGGAGGCAAGUGUCUGUUUGACACAGUGACUCAAAUGUUUACUUCCUUGACGAACAAUAUUGGGAACAUUUUGGGAAUUGUGGAUGGUAUUGCAACGGGUGAAGAAGAUAUCCAAGACCACAUACCCGACUACGAUGAUUCUGAAGACAAGAGCAUUGAUGAUGGACACUAGAUAGUACAUGUACAUGUAGGAAACGCAACAAGGCAAGACAAAGACAAGGCAAGGCAAGGUCAGGUCAGGGGAGGUAUACACUUGGUACCUAUGGUUUCUCUUGGUCUAUGAAUAGGUAUCUUUGAUAGGAGGACACGGCACCGCACAAAUGAGGCCACUAUGAUGUUAGUGGAUGAAUUGGAAAAGCGGUAUCUCUAUAGAUAGACUUCGGUAUUCGUUGGUGCAUCCAUUGAUAAUUUCCCCCUGUAUCUGCGUCU